AUGGCAAAUAAUUCAUUGUAUAAUUUAUUAAUUGAAAAAAAAAAAGUAAAUAUACUUAAAGACAAUUUUGAUUUAACAUCAUUAAAUGAUAAUGAAAAAUACAAAAUCAAUUUAAUACCUGAGCAUGUUCAGGGAUAUUAUGGAUGUAAAAAUAAUUUGCUCAAAUUUGCUUACAAGAAAAUUAUUUAUUCUUACAAUAACUUGAUAAUUAUAUAUGACUUAUUUAAUCAAAACCAAUCGAUUUUUUCUUAUCAUAAAAAUAAAGUUAUCUUCAUCAGAUGCAAAGAAAAUUGUAGAACAAUUCUAAGUGCAGAAGAAAGUAGAGAUAGAAUAAAAAUAUAUUUAUGGAAUAAAUCAAAUUUAAAAAUUUUAACACAAAUAAAAAUAAAGAAAGAAAAUUUUUUAGAUAUAGAUUUUUUAAAUGAUAAGAAUAUUUUAUUGUUGUGUAAAUACUAUGAUAAGUUAAUAUUUUUUGUAUUUUUUGUUGUAUAUAAAAAAAAAAAAACACUGUUGAAAAGAAAGUAUGUGAAUGCCAUAAAAAAGUUAGAUGAUUUUCAUUUAAAAAAAAAAAGAAAUGACAUAAAAAAUGAUGAUAAUCUUUUUAUGAAUUUAAAUAAACUUAUAAUAAAAAAAUCGCAAAAAUAUAAUUCAUGUAAUAUAUUUAAUAAGAAAGAUGAAAAAUACAUUAGAAAUGGAACGUAUUCAAUUGUAAAUGAAAUAAAAAAAAAAAAAAAAACAUUUAGAAAUUAUAUAAAAUGUAAAUCUUUUUAUAGCUUGCCGAAAAAAAAUAAAAAAUUAAAAAAAAAAUUAUUUAAAAAAAUAUAUUAUAAAAAGGUAAAUGGGGAAGCUUUAAGUUAUAUAAAAAUUAAAAAAUAUAAGAAGGAUGAUAUUUUUUUCUAUUAUAUCUCCUUUUUAAAACCAUUUAAAAAAUGUAAAAAAAGUUAUAAUGUAUUACUAAGAAAUUUUAAGAUAUUUGUAGAUAUUAAUAGAAUUGUAUGCAUAUAUAAUGAGGAAUAUAUAUUUACAUACUUAUUGAAGAAUUAUAUUCUCUAUGAAAAGUUAAGAUAUAAAAGCUUUCGAUGUAAUUACUAUUUAGAUAAUAAUACAUUUUCCUUAAUUAAACGAGAUCAUAGUUUUUUUUCUAUAUUUCAUUUUCAUUUAUUUAUAAAAAAGCUUAUUCUAAAUCGUCACUUUUGUUUUAAAGAUGAUGCUACGUUAACAUAUGAAAAUUAUUUUGAGGAUACUCAUUUAAAAAGGAAUGAAGAGAAAAAAAAAGUAGAUGAAAAUGCAAAAAAAAUAAAAGAGAUAGAGGAAGAAAAAAAAAAUAAAAAAGAAUUUGGAGAAAAAUGUAGAGAUAUAGAGAACGAAUUAAAUAUAGAAAACAUCUCGAAUAAUUCUUCAUAUAAUUAUAUAUCAAAACAUAUAAAUGAUUACUUUAAUAAUUUCAUUAAUGAUGAAAUAAAUGUAGUUGAAAUUAUUACCUUUGUAUAUGCAAAAGAAAAUAAUGAUAUGGAUAUAAUUUUUAACUUACAAAAAAUUAUUGAAAAAAAAAUUAAAAAAAGACAUUAUGAAAACUUAAUAAAAAAGAAGAAGGAAAAAAAUGAUUCUGAAAACAAAAAAUUUGUGGUUGUAGGAACUAAAAAAGGGAUAAUUAUAAUUAUUGAUUUUAUAGAACCACAUAAAAUUGUUCAUUUGGAGAAAAUAUGUAAUGAUAAUAUUGCCUCCAUUUUUAUUUUUCAAAAUAAUAUAUUAAUAUUAAAUUCUUUUGGAAUAUUAUUUUUUAUGAACGUACAUAAUUUUAGAGUAUAUAAAAGCAUUGACAUAUUUGAAAAGCACAAUAAAAUUGAUAGUUUUUUUUUAAGUAAUAAUAAUAUUCUAGAUUAUGGUCUUUCUUCCAAUAUAUUGGAAAAAAAAUUAAAUUCUUUUAGAAUUUAUAAAUCUAACAAAAAUAGCUCGAUAAACAAUAAAGUUUUUAGACCGAAAUCAGGAGAUGCAUAUAAAAAUAAAGAAAAUAGUAUAAUUUUUUACUGCGAAGAAAAAAAAAGCAACCAUAAUAAUUUAUUUGAAGAUAGCUUGAAAAAAAUCAAUUUUAAUAUAACUGAGAAUAAAUAUAUAAAUUCAAGUUGUUUGCUGGAUAUAUAUAUUUUAGUAUUAGGAACAUCAGAUAAUGAAUUAAUAAUUUAUGAUUUGAUCAAUAAUGAAAUUUGUUUUAUUUACAAAAAAAGUUACAGAAUAAAUUAUUUCAUACUUGAAAAUGAUCAUAUAAUUUAUAACAUUGAAAAUUCAUUAUACAAAAUGAAUUUAAUUAAUUUUAAUUCUUUUAAGUUACUAACUUUAGCUAAAAUAAAUAUCAGUGCAUUUGUUUUUUACUCACAUAACAUUUUAAUAUGUGGUACAUUAAAAGGCAACUUAUAUUUUUUUGAUAUUUCAAAUAAUAAUGUAAAAGUUAUCAAUAAGAUAGAAGGAAAAAAUUUUGUACAAAAAAAAUUUUUUCAUAAUAAUUCGAGAAGAAAUGAAGUACAAAUUAUUUUUUCUAUUAAGAAAAUUAUUGACAAAAAAUUCGUAAGAAAAUCAAAUAACAUAGAAAAAGAAGUAUUUAAUGAUAAAAUAAUAGGAUUAGUUUUAAAUAAAUCAAAAAAUUUUUUAUUAUGCUCUUUAAAACAUAGUAUAUUUUUAUUUAAAUUAAAUAUUUCAGGGAAUGAGAAAAUUGAUCUAAAGUGUGUACGUUAUCUUAAUAUUAAUAACAUUAUACAUAUAAAUUUAUUAAAAAAUUUUGAUAAUUUAUUUUAUAUUGCAACAAAGGAAAAUAAUAAUUCUUACAUUUAUCAUCUAUGUUCUUUUAAUUCUUCAAAAACAAAAAAUAACAAAAUGGAUUGUAUAUAUUUUAAUAUCUUAUAUGAAAAUACAUGGUUAUGUGAAUUUUUUUAUUAUAAUAGUGAAAAUUUUAUUUUAACGGAAAAUAUCUUAGAUAAAAAAAAAAAUAGAUGUAUCCUCCUUUUAGAUUCUUUUGCCUUUAUUAUAUAUUCUUAUACAAUUAAUAGAACAGAUAAUUUUUCUUCUUGUAACAAUUUAAAUUGUUUGAUAGAAAAUAAAACUUCUAAUGAAAAAAAUGAUAUGAUUUAUGAAAAUAAAAAUCCUCACAUAGAUAUACAAAGAAAAAAUAAUUUUUCAAAUGAAAAAAGGAAAUCAAAUACACUAACAAAUGAAAAAAAAUAUGAUAUAGAAGAAAAUAAUUUUCUUAGAAAUAUUAGAAACGUAAACUCUAGAAUUCACACAUGUUUAAAAAAAAAUAAAACAAAAAACAUUCCUAAUAAAAAAAUACAAUUAAAAACAAAUUUAAUUAAUAAAAUUAAGGAAAAAGGGAAAGAAAAAGAAGAAAAAGAAAGAGAAAAAGGAAAUGAAAAAGAAAAAGAAAAAAAGGAAAGAAAAAGAGAAGAAGGGAAAAGAAAAAGCAAAAUGAAGAAAGUAAAAGAAAUUAAGGAAGAUAAAAGAAAACAAGUAAAAAGAGUAAAAGAAAAAAAAAAUAAAAAUAAUGAAAAGAAAAUAAAUCAUAUAAAAGAAAAGCUAAACAAAGAACAUAGAUCGAAAGAAACAAAAGAAAUAAAAGAAAGAAAAAAAGAUGAAAAUGAAAAAAAAAAGGUUAAAAAAACAUAUUCAUUUAUAAAUUUAUAUAAUCAACCAAAAGUAAAAAAAUUAAAUAUAAAAGAAAUAUCAUCAUGUAGUUUAAGUAAGGCAAAAAAAAAAAAUUGUAUCCAGGAUAAUGGCAAUAAUAUCGCUAUCCAAAAAAAAGUAUUUAAAAGCAAUCUCAAGUUAAAAGAUAGAAUAUUAUUAAAGGAGAUUUUAAAAUCCCGCAAAGAAGAUGAUAUUUUAAUAAGAAAUCAAGUGAACGCUCAUGAAAAAAAAAAAAUUUCUUAUAUAAAAUAUAAAUUAUUAAAAAGUAUUUUGCAAAAAAAAAAUGUUGAAUUUUCUAAUUAUAAAAAAUUAAUUAAUGGAAGCCAUUAUGAUGAAAAAGAAAAAUCAUAUGAAAUCAAAGAAUGUAAUUAUAAAGAGAAUACAAAAAAGGUUUUAUUUCUAUCAUUAGAUCAAAAAAAUAAAGAUAAAAUUAAUUCUUAUGAAACAAAUAAUAAAUAUGAUAAAGAAGUAUUUAUUUAUGAUCAAUAUCAAAAUGAUAGUGAAUCUAUAUGUAAAGAUGCAGAUAAAGAUAACAAUUUGAAAAAGAAUAACAAAAGUAAUUAUAUAAUGGAUUAUUUAAAGAAAUAUUUAAGCACGAAUAUUUUAAAAGAAAGUGAAUUAGACCAAAAAAAAAACACUACAAAAAAUUAUGUAAAUAAUGCUUCAAUAAUUAAAAGAUAUGCAAAUGGCUGCUUUAUUUCAUAUGAGAGUAAUAUUAGUAAUAUAGCAACACAUACAAAUGACAAUAAAAAUAAUAUUAUUUCAAAUGAAGGAAAAGCCUUUUAUCCUAAAAAUGAAUUAGAUAAAGUGAAUAUUGGGAAAAAUGAAAAUUUUAUUAAAAAAGAGGUUAACGAAAUAAUUAGCUGUGUUAAUAAUUCUGAUGGAGGUAAUAAUUAUAAAAGCAAUAAUUAUGAAAGUAGUAAAUAUGCUUUUAAUUAUGAAAAUAAUAUUUAUAAUGAUAAUUACAUAUAUCAUAGUUAUGAUGAUAGGAUUACUUAUAUAAAAAAUAAUUAUUUUUAUAAAAAUAAUUUAUAUUUUAAUAACGAUAAUAAUGAAAAUAAUAAAAAUAAUAAUUAUAGAUGCAAUUAUUUACCAUAUAAUAACAAAGGAGAAAAUAAUAAUCAGAAAAAAAGUAAUUAUAGUGACAAGAAAUAUCAAAAUAACUAUUUUAAUGCUAAUAAUUUUGGUAGUAAAAAAUAUAUAAAUGAAACUUCUAAUUUAAGAUACGAUAAUAAGGUAAAUUAUGGAAAAUUUAUUAGCAAUAGAAUUAGUUACAAGGAUAAUACUUAUUUAAAAAGAAAUAACGAAAUGAAUUCUAUCUUUAAUUUAUACAAUGAUAAAAUAAGCAAAAAUACACAUUUAAAAAACUCUUAUGAUGGUAAUAUGAAAUAUAUGAAAUAUAACAUUGUAAGUUUAAAUGUAGUGAAAAAGUGUAAUGAAAAUUCGAUAAAUACAAAUCAUAUUAAUGGACGUUUUAGUAUUUUAAAUAAUAACUCUAAAAAGAAAAGUAUGAAUACUUCAUUUGCAAAUGAUUCAAACACAAAUUUUUAUAAGAAUAAAUAA